UUGAUUGUUAGGGGUUGUUUAUGACGACCCUUGCUUAAUUGUUCUUCAGCUGAUCGUUUCUUAACUGUUGUUGUAUAGAAUGAGUACAGAUAAGCUGAUGAACGGCGAUCUGGCGCCGGUGUAUGUGGACCGGCGGCCCCGUGUUCGCAGGGCGGCGGUACAGGCAGCCUGCGCCGUAGGGCUGGUCCUGGUGAUCACGGGACUGGUCAUGGUGGCUCUGCAGAACUGGCGACUCAGACAACGUCUCGAUCUGCUAGAAUCGUCGAACGAGGAACGUUUCGCGGCGAACGAGGAACGGUUCGACCAGCUCUUGGAGCGAGUGGCUUCGUUGGAAGGCCUGGCUGAUCAUGAAGACAAAUCGUUCGGCGACAACGAUAGCAAGGAGAAAACCGAGCCCGCCCACUCUGACCUCCUGCAGCUGCCCGUACCGCCCGAUACGAGUACCGCGAACCGCCGUAGGGCAAAGAGAGCUGCCAACGCCCUGACUGUUCCACUUGGAGAUUGUGACGAACUGUUUAAGGCAGGCUACGGCAGUAGCGGUGUCUACACCAUCCAACCGGUGGCUUCCCGAGACCCUUUCCAAGUCUACUGCGAGAUGACUGGCCGGGCCGGCUGGACUGUCAUCCAGAAGCGGUUCGACGGUUCCGUAAACUUCAGUCAGGACUGGGAAGGGUACAAAAACGGGUUUGGGGAUCUAAGCGGCGAGUUUUGGCUCGGAAACGACAAAAUCUAUCAGAUUACCAACGUUAGAAGCUACCGCUUGAAAAUCGAUCUUGAAAAUUGGUCCUCGGAAACGGUGUUUGCUGAAUACGCUACUUUCUAUGUCGAGGAUGAAGCGGCGAAUUACCGCUUGCAAGUUGGUGUCUACAGCGGCAUUGCUGGUGAUAGCUUAUCGUGGCAAGAUGGUUACCCAUUUUCAACACACGACCAGGAUAACGAUCCACAUCCACAUAGUAUUCACUGCUCCAUUGUCCAUGGUGGACGUGCUGGUUGGUGGUAUAGAACCCUAGGGACAGCUUGCGAGCGUUCUAACCUGAACCAGCCGUACAAACAUGGCGGGGAUGGCACCGACCAUUACGGUAUACAGUGGAACCAUUGGUCAGGCCAUCACUUCUCCAUCAAGUCAUCUGUCAUGAAAAUCAGGCCUAAUCUGCCGUAA